AAAUUAAUACCAUAAUGUCAACAGCAACAAAUCCAUCUGGUAGAAACAAACCUUCCCAAAACCAGGAAUCUGGCAUGGGUGACUCGUGGGUGACAUACAAUUUAGACUCGUUGAACAGCAUGCAAGGAUUGAGCCAGAACGAGAUGGAAAAAUUACUUCGAGAAGCGCAAAGAGAAAGCGGGCAAUCUUCUUUAGCUGGAUCUGUAAAAGUGGCUCCUCACCCCCAAAUACACCGUGCAACAGUCUCCAAAGCACACCAGGGAGGAGCGGGGAAGCGUCACCAAAAAACCCGGCAAAUUUACAAACUAUUCCAGAAACUUUUUGUCGAAAACAAAGACAAUGCAGACUGGGUAUGGGAUUGGUCGAGUACCCCUGAAACUCGACCCCCUAAUACUCAAUUCAGACGCCCGAAACCUCGUCCAAUGAACUUGAGCAUUCGUACUUCAGCGAUGAAAUCUGGAUAUUUUUCGUGGGAUUUUCUGCAAGUUUUCAUUCCCUCCAUGAUUAUCACAAACCUUGUUGCAUUCGGGUUCGGCGUUACAUCGGAAAAAGAAUUGCAUCACAAAACUAUGUGAACAGUAAUGAACAGUAACUUUUUUUUGGGAGAGGGGGAAUACCAUAUAAGAUGCCUUUUUCAAACGGCCUGAUAAUGGGUCUACUUCACUUUGGUACAAUUCUCAUCAACAAAACUAUUUGAAUUUUAAUGUAUGUUUUAUCCCAUCUAAAAACAUUUCUAAAUAUCAGAAACAGAUAUUUAAUGUGAUACAAUUCAAAGGACAUUGGCAGAAUAUUUUCAUUUUAUUCAGAGGCGGCAGUUCUGCAGUUAUGCUUCAUUGCUUUUUUCUCAAUGACUUUUGUAUAGAAAAACUUUAAGGUGCUAAUUGCUUUGAACAAAAAUGUAAUUUCUAAUUAUCACGGGGCUGUAAAGAUGGCAAAAAUCCAUGGCUAUGGUUUUUAUAGAUGGUCGUAUUUUAAAAAGAUGUCUUUAUGAAAUUGUUGGCUGGAAGUCCCCAAACUUUGAUUUGCAGAACAAGUCAUGUCACAGUGGUCCUACGCCCUGGUCUUGAGUCGAAAGUAGAGUCUUGCUGCUUGCAAUCAGUCAAUGACGAGUCACUUAGGGUUUCUCAACCUAAGGGUCGCGACCCAAAACUGGGUCAUCUGAAAAAAGUUUUUGGUCGUUAUUUCAACAAAAAUCUAAAUGUUAUGACUAUUGUUUUCUAGUAAAUUUUAUAGUUUAUGGUAUUGAAGUGUUGCUCAAUAGUAACUGUAUAUAUAUGGGAAGUAUCACAGCGUAAAAACUUAGCAUCUGCUGUUAUUAGUCAGACAGUUAAUUUUGUGAACAAAAGAUAUAUAUGCAUUACAUUGAAAAAAAGGUUGGGAAACACUAACUUACAGACUUUGAGUAAUGGUUACAAGUCAAUGGCAACGGUACUCACAGAAAUUGAAAAGAUACAUGAUGUUUGUCAUGUAUAAAGUCCCACUUUGAAUAUAUUUUUUUGCGAAACAAAUUCCAAAUCAAAAUAUUCUGACUAAAUUUUCUCAUUCUCGGCCGAGCUCAAAAAUCUUCAUAUGGGGAGUGCAUUCUGCUCUUCAGCAGGUAAACAGUUCAAUAAUGACAACUUUUUUUAAAAUCUUACCAUACGUACACCUUAUCAUGAUUUUAUUUGAAAAUUUAGCAAAAAAUGCCUAAUUGUCGUGUUAUCUUUAUUUCCCUAAUUUUGUGUUUAUAAAUUUCAAUUUUUUUUUAUUGUUGAAAAAUUAUGAAAAGACUUAUUUUUAUCGUUAUUUUCAUGAAUUUUUUUAAUGUUGUUCUCACGCUUUUGCCUAAUUAAGGCUUUAAGAUGCAAAUGUAGAUACAUACAGAGAUAUAGUAUUGAAAUUUGGAUUGUCUUAGAGGAAUCAGAUAUCUGAAUACAUUCAAAAAUCAUUAUAUUGGAUAUAGUAAAUUUUUAAGUAAUUUAUACCGCAGUUUUCAAACGGUGGGGGGCAUUCUACUAAGGGGGUGUAGAAGCUAAUUAGAAACGUGAAGCUAAACGUGAUUGAAAGUGAUUGUUAGAUUUGAUCUUGCCUGCCUUAUUUUUGAAUAUUUCAUGUAAAACAUAUUUUCGCCUUACUAUCUGUUAUUAGUACCGGUAGCUUAUUGUUAGCCAUUGUUAUUUCUGAGGUGGGACGCGAGACUUGACAAAUUCUAAAAAGAGGAUGCGGCCUAAACAGAUUAAGAACUAUUGAUUUGGAAUAUUUUAAUCGGAAAUCAGGAAUUUUAAUCCUUCAGACAAACAGAUGAAAAUGUACAAUAUUUCAACAGGUAUCAAACAACACAGAGAAAACAAUGAGCUCCAUACUUAUGUUGUUUUAGAUGUGAUCAACAUGAAGAUUAAGUGAUUUUUAUAAUUUUCCACAUGAACUUGCCCUCAAUUUAGAAUGUAUUCCAAUUUUUAUAUGUGAAAAUUUUUUUCUCAGAAUGUAUUUGGAACAGUGAAAUUAAGUCAACAUGUUGAAAUCUGGAUUCUAUACAUCUGUAUGUAUUGUUCUGAAAAUUUAUAAAAUAUUUCAAAUUAAAAAACUGACACUCUGGUACAUAUCCUAUUUUUUACACUUUCAAGCGUUCAUCAAAGCUUGGUUUUGUAGAUUUUUCUGGAAUUUUAGUUUUAAGAGACAACAGACUCAGGCGCUCCAGAAGUAUGUGUACCAAUAUGGAGGUAACUAAUUUUGUUCUAGGAAACCUAUGGGCAGGGGGAUAUUCACUUGGCCAAAACAGACAGUCCCCGAACUUGUAAUAGAACUAAAAAAAGAAAAUCGGGAAUAAAAUUAUGGCCUAACCUGGUACAUACACUACGGGAGUACCGACUCAAAAUAUUUCUUGUCCAUCAUUUUGUUUUGUUUUUCUAUUAAUCAAGAUAGUUACACAGACUAGAGGUUUCAGGGAAUAAGAAUCGAUAAGUAACAUUUGAAUAAUUUUUUAUGUGCAUUUCAUAUUUUUGCCCCACUUCUGAUUAGCUCAGGUUAUUGCCUCACUAUUCUCUGCCUGUUUUAGAGACAGGAGGGGAUAAUAACUUAUCCUAAUCUAGUAUUGAGGGGCAAAAAAGCAUAUGUCAUUUUUAUUUUAAAGUACUCAACUCUGAGUCAAGGUCGUAUAUUAUGUCUCAAGGUCAAAUAUACCAGUUUCGAAUACUCAGAAUAAAUGUGAAAAUCAUCCUCUCCCCCAGGAUAAAUAUGAAGAUCCUAUCACAUCAUUAAGCUAUCUCACCAUCACCCAGUUAUUCAAGGUUAAAAAUGAAUAGUAUGAUCAUUUCAUCCACCCUCAAACAUAUAAAUAUGAACAUCCGGUCCUACUAAAAUAGGGUCACCAUAUUUCAAAAAGCAAAAUUCCGGACAGUGCAUGACUAUCUUCAUGACCUCGUAGU